UCUUGCGGUAACUCCUAACUACGCUUACAAUCUCAAGGUACAAACUCUGUAAAACUAAUGAAGGAUGAAACAUGACAGUGGAAGUUGUGAUAAUGAAUCGCCAACUAUUUUUUUCUCAUUUGGAAAUCUUUAGCGAAAACCAGAUAUAUAUUUUCUUGAGACAGAUCCAGAGAAAUACGUGACAAUGCCUGUUUAUGGAAGCCACGUGUCGUCAACCGUAUGUCCAGACGACCGACAACGGGAUACCCGUCACUCUGUAGAAGUUGUAGGAGGGGCAGAUACGGCUGUAACUAAGACUCGUGUGACUAUGUGCAGCACAGAUACACAAACAGAAACGGACAAAGAUAUAGAAAGUGAUAUACUCUUCAGACAUACAGGUGAUGCAUCUAAACACUUGCGUUCCAGAGUAGUUGACACAGUAAUAAGGCCGAAAGGUCCUUCGAAUUCAGAAAUAGGGAUUGGGAUAUGUAAAGCUCCACACAGAACGGUCUCUUGGUUGGAUCCUAUCUCGACGGCAUUUGCAAACGGUUGCCAAAAUAAUUCCGCAAGUGAUAGUUCUAACUCCUCAGUGUCGAGCGAGGGUUCUACAGACAAACGGGGACCUGAUACAAAUAUCGCCGUUAAUAUAUCACCGGAAGUAGGUAUACCUGUAAGAUCGUCUACACCAGACUCCACCCAAUCGGCAAGUACAAGUAUUCCUAACCCACAGUCUUGUUCUUACGUAGAAAUGUUCAAAGCCAGACGGAAACUUGAAGAAAAUACGAAAAAAAAUCAUUCUUCAAUAGGACAGCAUAUAUCACACACCCCGAGAGUCGACCACCAAGAUGACACUUCCGUUUAUCCUUUUGAGGUUAUGACCAAGGCCAGAAGGAAGUCACAAUCAACAGAUACGCCUACACAUGUGGAUAAGUAUCAGGGAUAUACGGCAAUGUGCAAACAAGAGCUGAAGGAGCGAGAGGCGGCUCAACGUAGUGACUCGUCUCGUAGAGGGUAUCCCGGGUUGACAGAGUCAGUCACUCCUCCCCUUCAAAUGGAGCCAUGGAGACGUAUUAGAAACAACAAACAUCCUCCUGAUAAACUGGAGAUAUCCAAGGGGUAUACUUCGAGCUCAAGGUCACAGAGAGAGCGAUGGACGUCAGUUACUGUGGAGGAGGGAGGACUGCCAUUAUCUAUCAGUCACCUCAACCAGGGUUAUGGACACACAGUUUUUGAUAGUGUAACCGGAAGAAAGCAUCGCGAUUUGCACGCGAAAAGCGGAAGUAGAACUGGCAUUCACAAAGUCCAACUUAAGAAUGAGAGUAAGAAAAAGCAUAUUACACGGACCCCUUUAUGUCCCGAUCCUGAAUUAGUAAGAAUAUAUGGUGGAACAAAGCAGACAGCCUGGAAUUUGCAUAAAUCUCAAAGGAAGAAACGCAACGUGCAUCUUUUCAGCCUCAUGCCAAAUUACUCUUCUCAGGGGCGUAGGACAGGUGAAAGAUGUCUUGAGAACGAUUCCGCGAGCACCCACCAAUCCUAUAUCUCGCAUCGGGACGGCACUGAUAGUUCAACAUCUACAAAGGAUACAGGAAGACGGUGUACGCUAGAUGCAAAACUAAACGACCAUGAACUGAAUAUGGGGGAGACCCUCUCCGUAAAAAGACGAGAACACUCAGUGUUCCGGUGUGCGAUAAACGGUAGGCACGGACUGUUGAAACCCAUUAGUCCACUACCGGAACAGCACACACCGGUACCUCGGGACACAGGCCAUGAUAGAUCACCAGUGUCCACGGAUGUGAUGGGAAAUGUCUAUAUCAAGGGAAUACUAAAAAGUCCAACCGAAAAGAGUCGUGACAACGAACCUUCACCUGCUCAUCACUCUUGUUCAGAGAAUGUAGCUACAAGGCGGGUGAGGUUUGAAGAGAAGGGAUAUCUGGAUAAGAGUUACGAAACACUAGAAUUGGAUAAAUUAAGUGAGAGAUAUGAUAGAACCUCUGUGGGUCAUACCAACAUCAGACCUCGGGAACAGAACCACGUGAGUCUUACACAAUCACACAAUAUAGAAACAGAGCAUUACCUCAAAUCGUCGGGUUUUACAAUAUCUAGUCCUCUUCACUUUGGAGAUGUGGCCACCAAAGAACGCAACCUUCCUGUAAUUCAGCAUUUCCGAGAUGUCGGAGACUAUGAUGAACUGUAUCCAGGGAACGGGGGAGCCACCCGAUGGAAUGACAUCUGUAUUGAUUGGGGAACUCUUGAAACUAGAGCUAGCGCCGAUGUCAACGCCGGGGGAUUUACACGUCGACCUAAAGGUCAAAUGACCGAUACUUUUGCGUCUGGACAAACUGCUCCGGACAGUGCUAGGAGCGCAAUAAGUAAUGUGUCUAACGAGGAGAGCGACGGAAGAGCCUCCGGUGAUGGCUGUUCAGCGUACGGGACUGUCAACCGAGUGACUGUAGAGCAUCACAAUGAUCGUGGAUACGACGAUGGCAUGCCACUCUGUCAAUAUAGCUGCUUAAUGUCCGACGGUUCCGACCCACAGGCCGACAUCCACAAGGAGCAUGAGCAAAGUACCCCAACGUCACGGGAUCUUCGAAAUACAUCUCUAGAGACAAGUCAGCGCCAGCAAAAAGCUAUUGAAAACUUGGAGCGGGCUCUCAAACACGGCGUAUUGCAUGCUUCUUUAAGCAAUCUGCCGAUAAGCUAUAAGGGCGGGUCGACGUUACGUCACAUGAGGAACUUCAACACUGAAGGUCACGUGGAUCUGAUCGACAUGAAAGCCUUAGACGAGCGCGUGAGUACUCCACGACGAGAAAAGCCGCCGCCUCCUUGUACAAGGUACCGGAGCAUGUACGAUUACGCCUCCAAGAACAAUAGUAAUGUAUGGAGUGUAGAUCAUACUCGAACCUCGACGAUAUCGCACCCUCUGUUUGAACCCGACGCAGUCUAAACAAAUCCCAUUCGAAACGCAAGAAGCUAUCCUACAGCAUGACAUCUAGCAGAUGACUAAUUCACCUUCAAAAGGAUACUGAUUUAUGUUUGCAUUGUAUUCUUUCAGUAUUUGUUUGAUAUAUGUAUUGUAUUCCGAAGUCUAAUAUAUGUAUGGUAUGAACGAGAUGAUUGAAAAUUGUAAUAUUUUUUAUAAAAUAAUGUAUACA